AUGCCUGCCGUGAAGCAUCGGGACGCGGCCAUGGCCGCUACCGCUGCUGGUACAACGCGGCAGACAGUGACCGAGACAGAGGCGGCCAGGACUGCGACUUCGACUGAGGAGAUCAACAACACCAUUACCAGGCCGGGCAGUGUCAAGAUCAAUGUCCAGGGAGCUUUCAUCGUCGAUCCAGAUACAUCCACCCCAGCGGUGGACAGCACCAACUCCCAAGGCAAUGGCCGCGGAAGUCCGACUCAUCACGAGACGAGCGAUAUCCGAUUACCGAACCACACCGCCGUGGUCAGCCAUAUUGCCGUCGAUAUUGGCGGAUCGCUCAUUAAGCUGGUGUACUUCUCCCGGGAGGUGCAUUCCAUGGAACCCGGAGGCCGACUCAACUUUCAAAUCUUCGAGACUGACCGAAUCGAUGACUGCGUCGAGUUCAUGAAGCACCUGCGCGACGAGCAAUUGGCCCUCAAUGGCUCAAAGCCCGGAGAGCUGUGUGUCAUGGCCACUGGCGGCGGCGCAUACAAAUUUUACGACAUGAUUCGAGAUGCGCUCGGCGUUGAUGUGUUGAGAGAAGACGAAAUGGAGUGUCUCAUUAUUGGUCUCGAUUUCUUCAUCACAGAGAUUCCCCGCGAGGUGUUUACGUACUCCGAGACGGAUCCUAUGCACUUUGUGAGUCCGAGGGAAAGGAUAUAUCCCUACCUUUUGGUCAACAUCGGAUCUGGAGUUUCCAUCCUGAAAGUCGACGGCCCUCGAUCCUACCAACGAGUUGGCGGCACGUCACUUGGAGGGGGCACAUUAUGGGGUCUGCUGUCAUUAUUGACGGGCGCGCAAAACUUUGACGAGAUGCUGGAGCAGGCCGGCCACGGCGACAAUGCCAAUGUAGAUAUGCUUGUUGGCGACAUUUACGGCACAGACUACGGCAAGAUUGGGCUCAAGAGCACCACCAUCGCAUCAUCUUUUGGCAAAGUGUUUCGCAAGAAGAGCUUGGCGGACGCUGCCGCUGCCGCUACCGCGCACAAAGAUGGGUCAAAUGAAGAGGCUGGUCCGAUUCAGUUGGGAUUCACAGAAGGCGACAUAUCGAGGUCGCUACUGUACGCCGUGUCCAACAACAUUGGACAGAUUGCAUAUUUGCAGUCGCAAAUACACAAUGUAUCGGAUAUCUACUUUGGCGGCUCCUUCAUCCGCGGCCACCGACAGACAAUGAACACCCUCAGUUACGGUCUCAAGUUUUGGAGCAGGGGCGAGAAGCAGGCCUACUUUUUGCGCCACGAGGGCUAUCUUGGCGCCGUGGGCGCAUUCUUGAAGCGGCAGCCGAAGAACUGGGGGCGCCGGAACAGCCUCGAGGGUAUGGAGGAAAUGCUCGAACUGAGGAAGAGCGGCAAGGUCAAAGAAGCCUUGGCAUUGUGA